AUGAGCUGUGAUGCGAACGACCCUCCAAUCGGCACUGAUUGCAGGAAAUUCCAUUCAAACAAUCAAUUGGUCAAUAGAGGAAUGCAGACUGCAGUUAUGGACAACCGAUCCAUUGGCGAAGUGGAAUCUGAGCUGGAUCCAGUCAAGGAAAAAUUGAGAGCCACAGAAGAUACUGUUGCGUACCUUUCGGACAAGAUGGGGACGUACAGGUAUAAAUGGCUCGAGGAAUACUACUGCGCAGAGAACCUCGAGUGCCAUAUGCCCUAUGAUGUUUGUGUUCCCCACCCUGCUCAAAUUGCAGAAGGUGCCCCUUCGCCUGCUUUCUCUCCAGAAUUUUUGGAAUGGGACGGCAAAGACGAAGCUUGA